GCCUUUCAAUUUUCUCAUUUAUUUAAAUUGCCACAAUUUUCUUAUACUAUUUUAUCUCUUUCAUUUCUUCUGUAUUUAUUUCUUUUUUACUGGUUUCUUGUAUUGAAUAGUUAUUUUACCUUCAAUUGCACUUUACCCUAACUUCCCAAACAGCCCAUCAAAUUAAAUAAAUAUCCUUUCACCACUUCCCACUUAACUACACAUUUUUUUCUUCACUUCCUCUCUCUCUCUCUCUUGCUGUUUUUGCUUCCCUUAGCUCAUUGGCUGGUACCUUCAGCCUUUGAAAUCUGGAAAAUAUCCAAUCUUUUUUCAAAUCUGAGUUCAUUUUCUGAAUCUUUAAUCCCUCUCUUGCUGUAUAUUUGAUCUGGGCUUUCUGUCUCUCCCUUUCUUUCCCUGUUUCAGAUCAAAUUUUCAUCUAAUUCUUACUCAUAGCAUACCAAGACUUCACCUUUUUGUUUCCUUUGUUUCCCUUUUACCGUUGAAACUAUUCAUGCAGGAUGCAGAUGGGUAUUGUUUCUUAUGAAGCCAGCUUCAUUUGAACUAUCACAAUUUUGGUCGAAUUGCUGAUUUUAAAGAAUGGGAAGAGGGAGAGGGAAAGGGAAGAAACAAUCUGCGAUUGCUGCUCGCGAUGAUACUGGCAGCGGUGAGGAUGAGAAGCUACCUGUGAGGAGAAGAGGGAGGCCACAAAAACCAAUGAAAGAUGAGUUUGAGGAGGAAGACGAAGUUGAGAAGAUUGAGGAAGAAGAUGAGGAUGGUGAGGAGACGAAGAAUUUGGUGUUGAGUAAAAGCAGCAAGAACCAAGCUGUUGCAGAGAAUGGCAGGAAGAGGAAGAGGCCCUCACAGAUCAAGGAAAGUGAUGAAUUAGUAAAGGAGGAGAAUGCCAUGGCUGCCAAAAGUAAUGCCACUGUCCUAAUCAAGCCCGUUGGCUAUAGACAACACGGGAGCAGAAGGAAGAACAAGCCCAGACGGGCUGCUGAAGUUGGUGUCGAAUGCAAAUAAAUUUUGUAUUGCACACUGAGAGUGGCUCAUAGGGCCUUCCCAAUAUUUGUUUUUGAGUUCAUGUUUUUGCUAAUGCCUUGGAAUAUUAUUGGAAUUAAUUGUUUCUGUUAAUGCAAAAGAGUUUAACAA